GAACAACCAAGGACGCACAUGAUCAGCAACGACAAGAGAAACAAACUCAACGACAUCGAAAAGUUUACAUCUCUAGAAGUCAUAUUCAUGACCUUCCUAAGGGCUUCUCCCCUCCGGCGCAAUGAUGCGAAACAAGACCUCGUCCUCCCUGCAGAAGACGUACGAUGAAUGCUAUUUGAUAUGCUCGACUGCCGUAUACUUUGAGAACAAGAACAAUGAAGCAGAGGCUUUACGAAAAUGGCGCUCAGCUCUCGACCAGAUUUAUUAUCACAAUGCCUACCUCGUACCAGCAGGGUAUAUUCCACGCUCCGAAACCGAGAAGGCACUCAUGAACAGUCUGCGAGAGAUGGAACUACAGUGUAAAGAACGUGUCGACUUAUUGCAAGCAUUGAAACAAUCACGGCAAGAGAAGGCUGCCGGUGACGCACCUGAGGGCUCGAAUGGGAAGAUCACGAAGACAGCAUCAAAAACACCGAGACACAGUUCAGAUGCCGAGCGCAGUGAUACAGGUUACAUUGGAGAAGGCACAAUUCCUGCUGUCAACUUUCCCGAUCUUUCGAGACCGACUCCUCCACCUCUGCCCCAACGGCCAGCCUUGUUGAUGAAGAACAGUUCAGAAAGAGCUGUCGUUGGCAGUAGAGCAGAAUCCAGCACAUAUUCGCCGAUAUACCCUGCCUCAUCGUUCACACCGACAUUUUCUGCUACCCUCGCCCCUCCUAUGAAAAAAUCGUCCAGGAGUCCUAGUCCUGAAAAGGGGAGAACAAUGCUUCAUACUUUGAGAUCUGGAGACAAACAUGGGAGGAAGCCAAGUCCAAGACCGUCAAGAGCAUCUGGAGCUAGAAGAGAGAAUCCUGUCACAAAUAAGGCUGCUUCAUUGGCAUGGCAGUCUGCGGGGAGAAAUAGCAGAGAUCGGCUCGGACGAAGCCUUGAUGCAGACCUGGACGACAGCUCGACAACCCUUACAGAUUCUGGUCGUCAGACCAGUGUCAGUGACCCGCUACCAGUAAUACCAGGAUCAUCGCAGAAUAUCGUAUACGACAAGCCUACUAGAACGUUGGUGCAUUCCCACCCGAAAGUCCCAACUCCCCCAGAUCUGUUAUCGGGACCAUAUUCAGGAUCUUUAGGUCGCUCGAAUGGCUAUCCAUUUCCUCCAACUGACCCAGGCCAGCCAGGUGCUGUUGCUGGAUCAAUGCUUACCCCUUCAGCAGUGCAAGAUUUGAUAGAUCUUGAUCCUCCAAGUCCAUCUACCGCAGAAUCUAUCUUGCCAAAGCAGAGAAAAACACCACCUACGCCACCCCCACAUUCACGGUCACAGACGAAGCUUGAACCUGUCUCCUAUCCUACCUACUUCAAAGAGUACCCGGAGACAUCUGCAAAGAAGGGCAAGUCGAACGCGGAUCUUCCUUUGCGGAGGAAGACAGCUACCAGAGAGGGGGCCGAGGCCGAGGGUUCUACCGCAAAGAUUUCACGAAAACCAAUCACAGCUAAUAGUUCAACUCCCCGACAUCGUGAUCGCCAUACUGAGAAAGAUAUUGAGAGAAGGACCCAGCGACGAGAAGUGAAGAAGCCGAAGAAUGAGGAAGAAUCUUCUCUAAGCAUUGAUGAUGAUACAAAUAGCAGUGGUGCCAAUGCGCCAAAGCCAAAGAAGAAGGUCAAGCAAAAGCAGAAGGAGAAAGAACUUCUUGCAGAUCCAACAACGCCCACCUCAGGAGAUUCCGAAAAGGAAGAUGAUCCAGUUCGAACUGCCUGGGAAGCGAAGGUCCAGCAUCUCAUGAAAAAUUUGCCCAAGGGUGUGGAUGAAGGAGCCGCCAAGCAGAUUUUCAAUGAAAUCGUGGUUCAAGGUGACGAAGUCCACUGGGAUGAUGUUGCCGGCCUGGAUAUUGCCAAGAAAGCUCUGAAAGAGGCAGUAGUUUAUCCAUUCCUUCGACCGGAUUUGUUCAUGGGACUUCGUGAACCAGCCAGAGGAAUGCUCUUGUUUGGUCCUCCUGGUACCGGCAAAACAAUGUUAGCAAGAGCUGUAGCCACGGAGUCAAGAUCCACAUUUUUCUCCAUAUCGGCAAGCAGUCUGACUAGCAAGUACCUGGGAGAGUCAGAGAAACUAGUUCGGGCAUUGUUUCAGCUUGCAAAGGCUCUAGCGCCGAGUAUCAUUUUUGUGGAUGAGAUCGAUUCUCUUCUAUCUUCGAGAUCUGGCUCUGGUGAGCAUGAGUCUACUCGACGGAUCAAGACAGAAUUCUUAAUUCAGUGGAGUGACCUCCAACGUGCAGCGGCCGGUCGCGAGCAAAGCGAAAAGGAGAAGGAGAGAGGCGAUGCGAGUCGAGUACUUGUCUUGGCUGCUACCAAUUUGCCGUGGGCGAUCGAUGAAGCUGCUAGGAGACGAUUCGUGAGAAGACAAUAUAUACCCUUACCGGAAGAUGAGACCAGGGCCACUCAACUACGGACACUAUUGGGACAUCAGAAACACAGCCUAGAUGAGGAGGAUAUUCAGAGCUUAGUUGAGCUAACUGAUGGCUUCUCAGGAUCCGAUAUCACAGCUCUGGCUAAAGAUGCAGCAAUGGGCCCACUUCGCUCACUAGGCGAAGCUCUACUUCAAAUGUCUAUGGACGAAAUCCGACCAAUACAGUUCUGCGAUUUCGAGGCUAGUUUGGUCAAUAUCAGACCUAGUGUUAGUAAACAAGGUCUCAAGGAGUUUGAGGAUUGGGCAAAGGAAUUUGGUGAACGGGGUGGUUAGGUCUGUUUGGGUCAUGGUUGGUUGAGAACGGGCGAGAAAUGGGCGGGGAGCAUCAUGCCUAGGUGCUUGGAAAUGGGAUAUGAUAUCGUCAGCACAAUAGCAAUGCAAUGAGAU